AUGAAUGCUGACUUUAAGAAUACCUUCGAAGCUCUUCAUAGUAAGGUGAAACUAGUGAACGACUUCUCAUCUGGAAAGAAACUGAAGUCUGAAGGUUUCGACAAAGAGUUAAGAGAAGUAGCACAAAAUAUGACGAAAAUAACAGAUGCUGCAACGAGACAGGCAGUUCAAAGUGCCUAUGACGCCGUUAGAGCAACUGUUGUGGAAAGUCAAGAAAAAGAGUUACAACAGACCAAAACAGACCUAGUAAAUGCUUUCUUAAAAAUGAAAAGUCAGGUAGGACAUUAUGCUGCAGAUGGAACAUAUGUGCCAGCUGGUGGAACUUAUAUACCACCAAACCCUCCAAGAGAAGCACCUGCACCAGGACUACCUAAAACAUUUACAUCGUCACAUGGACACAGACACAGGCAUGCACCAAAACCAACACAACAACCAACAGUUCAAAAUCCAGCACCUGCACCACAACCAAAACCAACAGUUCAAAACCCUGCACAACAACCAACAGUUCAAAAUCCAGCACCUGCACCACAACCAAAACCAGCACAACAACCACCUCCACAACCAGCACAGCAACCAACAGUUCAAAACCCUGCACAACAACAACCACAAACAGAGCAAGGACAUAAAAGAAGUAGAGAAAAAGGAAACCAAGAAUUCUUAAAAAUGCUUAAGGAAGAUUAUGGUUACCCAGAUACUCUUGACUUUAGUGACAGAUAUAAAGAAGCUAUUAGAAAGUUCAAGGAAGGAAAUACUGACCCGAACCUAUUUAGCUUUAUGGUUCAGCAUAAAAUCGGAUAUAAUCUCAAACCUGGAAAAUACAAGCUCGCUAAGGGAUAUGAUUUAAUAGCAUAUCAUCCAAAUGACAUGAAUGAAUUUACUCCGAGAUAUUUGAUGUCAGAGCUAAAUGAUAAUUCAACUCUCUUCAUGAAACGCGUAAAAAAUAGAGACGGAACGAAAGAAGAAAGGUUUAUGA